UUUACAAACAAUCAGUUUAUUUACAUCGCUGUUUACUAAAUCAUGCCGAGCGAUUCCGGCCGAUUUUCCGGCAACAAAUUUUGAUUGGUCGGCACAAGACAUUGUGUAUCACGUGAGCAAGUCAAAGGUGAAGAGGCCAGACAUUCAAAACAAAAAUGGCGUCAAUUGCAAAGAGAAAGCGUACACUAUCGAUUGAAGAAAAAUCGAAACGCAGAAAGGAUGCGAAAACAUCGUAUAAUCUUGGCCGUAUUACUAUUGGAAGUGAAGUUGUAAGGUGGAGAGACUUUCAAAGGCAGCACAAAUUUCGAUCGAACGAGGAAACCGCCCGUUUUCUUUUAGAUCAUAUUUCCAGCUGUGGGAAGAAAGUAGAACAGAAAGCUACAACAAGCACUCCAUUCAAAACAAGACCAUCUGUUUUUGAACCUCCAGUAUCUGGAAUAUCUUCCAUUUCCAGUGAAGCAGAGAGUGUAACAACCAUAACUGCCACAGAAGGCAAAAGCUCCUCAGAUUAUGAGACCACAAUGACAGCACCUGGAACUGACAUCAGUCAUGCCGGUGGUACAGAGGUGAUAGGAACUUGUACCACGGUUCCUUCAGUGCGGAAAAAGGGCCAUGGAAUAACAUCCAACCCAAAGUUUGCCUCAUUCACAGACCCUUUUAACCUGUCCAUCGAUGUCACAAAUAUUGAGGAUGAGGAUGAAGAUGAAAACGACUCGGACUAUGAACCUAGUUUCAGCUUUGAAGCUGUCUUACCAGAUGAUGUUAACCAAAACUAUGAGGAAGCAGCAUUUGAAGAAGAGGCAUUUGGAAAAGAUGGUUGUGAUGAUGAUGCUGAUGCAGAAGAAGAGUCUGCAGAUGAUGACCCUUGUCCUGGCAUUCAAAGGCUAAAGACUGAGGCAGACAGUGUGCACUUGAUAGGUUCCGCUGUCUGUUUUGCAUAUGUCUCGGCAAUCUUGUCUCUAGCCCGUAUUAAAGUGAUGUCCUGUUCAGUGACAGGAUGCACAGAUCCAACCAAUAUCUGUGUCACAGAUUAUUUCAUUGGAUCAGCGUUGUAUCUCAAAUGGGUGUGUGGCGGUGGCCAUAUACUAAACCGCUGGUGUGCUCAGCCUGUGUUGAACCGGAGGCUACAUGGUGGAGACCUGAUGUUUGCACUAUCAACCUUAACAUCCGGUAAUAACUUUGGAAAGCUUGCUUUAUGGGCAAAGCAUAUGAACUUUAAAAUAAUGUCCAGCACAUCAUUUCACAAAAUACAGCGCACAUACCUGAUUUCUACUGUUGACGAAUAUUGGGAGAAGCAGCAGAGAGAGGUUCUAAGCAGCUUUGAAGGCCACAAGUUGAUUGUAAUGGGAGACGGACGGAAUGAUUCUCCAGGCCAUUCUGCUCAGUAUUGUUCAUACACCAUGAUGGAAUAUGACAGCAAAAAAAUUUUAACCUUAAGAACACUGGACAAAAGAUCAACGGACCGAAAAUCAACAAACAUGGAGAAAGUUGGAUUCGAACAGGCCAUCCAGGAACUGACUGACAAUAACAUUGCAGUUGAGGAAGUUGUGACAGAUGCCCAUCUAGGAAUCGGCUCAAUUAUGAAUCUUUGAACGCUGUGGUCUUCCAGAAUUAUCAGUGCCGUAAAGGCAGCGGGUCACGUGAUGGCCAAUUGCGAUUCGGAAUACAUGAAGCAAUUUGGAAUACCUGACACCUGUUUAGAAGAUGCAUAUCGGUGGAUGUUUUUAUGCAAACUUAAAUAUGAACUGUUUAUUUAAUACAAUGACACUUGACGCGUUUUGCCAUAACGAUACUGAUACAUGAAUGUGACUUUGAAGUGACACAUUUUGGACGACCUUCUUUUAAACCAGUUUUGAGUUGUUCACAAUAUUACAUUCGCAAAAAGUGAAUGUAUAGUUGAUGGAAAGAUUUGUUCAAAUGCAAUACACGAUAUGAUUUCAGUAGAAGUGAUCAAUAUAUACAUGUU